UUCCGCGCGCGCGGCCGCGCGCGCGAUGGCGCGGCCCGCCCGCGGGGCCGCGGCGCGGGCCUGCCUCGGGCUCGCCGCGUGCCUGCUGAGCGCGGGGGCGGCCAAUGAAGCGGGCGCCGCCUCCAAGAAGGCCAGUCCGACCGAGAAGGUGGUGGGUUUGCUCGACGACCUACGGGAGAAGGUGCUCAAGGAGGGCACGUUCGAGGCUGGGACGUACAACGACUUCAGCUGCUUCUGCAAGGACACCAUGACGGAGAAGUCGGAGGCCAUCACCACAGGCGAAGACACGAAGGACGCGCUGGAAGCAGACAUCCAGGCGGCGAUGAUACGGCGGAACGACGCUGACAAAGGCCUCCAGAAAGCCACAGGCUCCAUAUCCGAUUUGCAGGCGGAGAUCCAGACCAUGACAGCGGAGCACCACGAGGAGGCCCUCAGGAGCGAGAAGGACGAGCUCGACCUCACGAACGCCGUUCACGCGCUGGAGGCUGCCAUCCGCGAACUGCAGGCGGCGAAGGUGGCCACCAGUUUCAUCUCCGUUGCGCCGCUGGCCAAACGGAUAGGACACGCAGUUGCGCUGGCCCAGGUGCUGGGAUUCCCGCACGUCCAGGGCAAGCCAGCCGCUGCGUUGCUGCAGGCACUCACGGACCCGCUGGACAUUCCGGACUCGGUCUACGAGUUCCACUCGGCCGACAUCAUCACCACGCUGGAGGGUUUGAUGACGGACUUCAAGAGCAAGAGGGUGGAGGUCCAGGAGGCGGCGGUGGAGGCCAAGAAGGUUUACCUGGCCCUGCUGCAGGAGAAGGAGGACGCCCUCGGAGUGCACGAGAGCGCCAUCAGCGCCAGCAAGACCACGCAGGCCACGGAGACGAAGGCGAUCUCGACGGCCUCGGCGGACCUGUCGGCCGUCUCGGCCAAGCUACUGGACGACCAGAACUACCUGGCCGACCUCUCCGCGCAGUGCCACGAGAAGGCCGUCAUCUGGAACCAGCGGACCGACAUGCGGGCCAGAGAGCUCCAGGCGAUCGUCUCGGCCACCGAGAUGAUAAAGUCGCUGCAGGAGGAGUCGGCCAAGGGGGGCGCCGCAGAGCUGGCGCAGCGGGGCGCGCGCGCGGGCGCCCGGGCGGCCGCGCCGGCCCUGGUGCAGGUCUCGGCCCACGGGCGCCGCCGCCGCGGCGCGGCGGAGGAGCGCCCUGCGCGCGACGGCCUCAGCGGCGGAGGAGGCGCGGCGGAGCGAGACCCUCAGCUGGCACGGGCUCUGUCGCUGCUUCGCAGCAAGGCUGGGUCCUUGAAGAGCGUGGCCCUCCUCAACCUGACCUCCACCGCCGCCGAGGAUCCCCUCGCAAAGGUGAAACAACUGAUCCAGGCUCUCGUCGAGCGCCUGCUGAAGGAGGCCGCGGCGGAGGCGAAUCACAAGGGCUGGUGUGAUAAGGAGGUCGGCCUGGCGGAGCAGAAGCGAGACUACGCCGCCAAGGAGCUCAAGGAGAUCAACAGCUUCUUGCAGAGCAGUGAGGUCCGCCACGAGAAGCUCGCCGAGCAGGCGGAGACCCUCGAGACUGAGAUCGAGGACCUGGCCACGGAGUUCAACAAAGCGGCUGCCAUCAGGUCUUUCGAGGCGGCAGAGGCCAAGAUGGCCAUCUCCAGCGCCAGGAACAGCAGCCAGGUGGUCGCGACCGCGAUGGACAUGCUCGACAAGUUCUACCGGGAGGCCGCGAAUCAGGGCACGUCGCAGCUGUCGCUGUUCCAGGCGCAGUCGCUGUCCCGCAACGGCACGGCCCCCGGCAGCACGCUGAAGGAGGACAUGCCCGACGCCGGUUUCAACGACGUCUACACCGGCGACCAGGGCUCGGCGACCGGCAUCAUGGCGUUGCUCGAGGUCGUGAAGUCCGACUUCGACCGUGCGGCCACGGAGACGGAGAAGGCGGAGAAAGAGGCCGAGCAGGAGAGUGGCUUGCGAUGCAGACCGACAUGGGCAAGUCGAACGCCACGAAGAGGGAGACCCUGAAGUCGGUCGAGGGGCAGCUCAGCGAGGCCGCCGCGGACAACCACGACGCCCGCGAGAGCCUCGUGGGCCAGCAGGACCUGCUGGACAAGGCGCUGGGCCAGCUGGAGGCCCUGGGGCCGCCCUGCCUGGGCCCCAGCGGUCCGACGGCUGAGGAGCUCAAGAUCAAGCGCGACCAGGAGAUCGAGGCACUCAAGCAGGCCCUGUGCAUUCUCGACCAGCACGGCGGCGGCGGAGCGGAGCUGUGCUGACGCGAGCCUCCAAAACGAGUCCUCUUCGUCAGCGGCAUCCUCGCCCUCCUCUUCCUCCAUUCUUUUUCC